UCCACAACGAACAACUCUCAUGCUUCGACCGUGACCGACACAGCAAUGCUGCCACCGCUACGACGACUCAACAUUUCUUGGCGUCUCAUCUCGCCGAGAAGCGCACAUCACUACGGGACAUAUCCACACUUUCCAACAGUGUCUUGAAAGCCAGCACGAAUAUGACUUCAACAUACAGAACUUCGGGUCGCUCGCGAUCACGAUCCAUACUCAACGGUCACCGGAACUCUCUCGGUAGCAGUCACGGCCUCAUGGAGUCACCACUCUCGAAGCACUACGAGGAUCUCUCCCUUCAGUAUGUCGAGCAGGAUCGCGCCUUCGAAAUGCAAUUGGUCGAGGGCACUCAUAGGCGGGAAUCGAUCCAAAAGCAAGCAUUGGAAUCGGCAGCCAAAGCGCACAAAGCCAUACGGGACAACGCCAUGCUGGACCUGGAAAUGAUCGCAAUUGAGGCGGAGCGCAAGCGAUUACGUCUCGAGGCGGAACAGAAUCGUUUGGCAGAGGAAGCGAAGCGAAAGCUGGACGAGGAAAGAGCUGCGGAGCUGCACCGUCUUCAGGCGGAACGGGAGAAAGACGAAGCGCGUCAACGGGAAGCAGAGAGAAUUGAGCGCGAGCGCAAAGAGGCCGAGCAGCGCGCAGCCGCGCAACAGCAGCAAAGGGAAGAACAGGCAAGGAAGGCACGAGAGCAGAAGGACAAAGAGGCUGCUGAGGCGAGGGCUGCGCAACUAGAGGAGCAAAAGCUGCAGGAAGAGCAAAAACGACAGCAGACUAUACAACAGGAAAAAUCGCAGCCUCCCCGAGCAAGCCACCCACCUGCCGCUGCGGCUCCCACAGCAGUGACUUCGAUCGCAUCUUCGUCACGGGAUGAGAUUGAGAAGGAACAUGCUACAUUCUUGGCCAUGAAGCAAGCGUUGAAACAGACAAAAGAUCGUCUGGAUCAGGCCAAGAACCAGGACGCCUGGCUGAAGGAAAAUCUUGGUGAAAAGUGUAGGAGGAGGAUCAAGAUGUUGGUCAAUCAGGUCAACAAACACAACCGGGACGAGAACCGGAGAAAGAUUGCAGAAAUCCAAGCGAUCCUGGACGAUGCUAAAGGACGUUAUCCCACCGAGACAGUGGACGUAUCAGCAUUUUUCCACGGUGGAAACCCGGAGCCGAACCAGUCGCCUCAAUUCCCGCUACUUCUCUUUGACCUUCUCAACCACUUUGCCAAGGCAAUAAUCAAUUCAAUGGCUACUGAGGCUGCCGUCGACUGCUCAGCAGCGGAACCUCUCGGCGUGAUGGCCGCCUCAAUCUUCGCGAACCCCAACUACUCUUUCCACGGACACUCCCUCAUCGAUAUUCUCUGGGCUCGAUAUCACCAGCGCUGUCCGGUUUUAUUUGGUAUCGUUGCGGACGAGCGAACCAAAGAAGGUCGAGCGAAGAUGGGCUGGAAACAGAAUGGUGAAUUGGAUCACUUUCUCUUGAUGAAAGGUCUGUCUGCAGGAUACGCAGCCAUCACCCUUCGAGACUUCUCCCGAUCGAAGAUGACCAAUCCCGCUCCGAAUCGCCUCUUCUGGCAGUCGUUGUCGCGGAUCCUGAACGUCUCGGCCACCCGUCGCGUACCAUCACAUUACAACGCCCUCGAAGGCCUCCUCGACCUGGCAUUCAUCCCCCGAUUCAUCAGUCUGUACGGACAAGCAGCCGUUGCGGCAUUGAGGUUAGCAGUCCGCGAAUUCGCCACUUUCCCAGCAGAUCGACCCGCAACCACCAAAGCCGCCGGCAUCAUGGAAGUUCUUGGGAUGAAAAUCGGAAGCGAAUUCAGUGCCCCUCGCGGAACGUUUGGCACCAGCGCUCAACAACCUCGUGUUCCGUUGACCAACAACGUCACGAACGCCUCAUUCGGCCGCGUGGGUAAUUUUGGCUUCGGCAGGGCCCAAAUUCCAACAGCACCUAGAGCCAACAUGAAUGGCCAAAAGGCACCAUCUUGUCUGCCACCCGCCACAGGCGCCAAUCGCGAGAUCCUGGGCUUCGGCAACAGGAAUACGAGCGGUAAUGGGGGUAUCACGAGAGGCUUCAACACGACGCAGCCUCACAUGCCCGCGAACGCCCCGACUGGGAGAGGCGUGAUGCCUCAGAUUCCCGGAGCAGGACUACAGGGGGGCUGGUGGACGUGA